GAAAAGAAGAGGUUGGAGAUCCUGGGUCUUCUCCAGCAAGCCGAAGCCGCUGCCGGCCGAGGCGAUCAGAGGUCGGUCUAUCAAGUCGUGAAAAAGCUCGCGCCCUGGGCUCCGCGCAACAGGGUACUUCUGAAAGAUACGGAAGGUAGGCUCCUCACUCACAAGGAAGAACACGACGCCCUGGUCAGUCACAGCCGCGCGCUGUUUGCCCCACAACAGUCGCAACCGUCGAGAGCCGGGGUCAAACUUCCGCUGGACUUCCCCUUACAGGACGUCGAACGCCAACUGCAGGCCACCAAAAUAGGCAAAGCGGUGCCGAAAGACGUUGCUCCGGCCGCUGCCUGGCGCAUUGGGGCGGCGGCUAUCGCCCCCCACCUACGGCAAGCAUAUCUGCUGAGCGCGACGGCUGACGUGUCCCUGCCCAAACGAUGGACUGACGCGUGGAUCACAUGGCUUCCGAAACCGGGGAAGGCACCUUCGCAGCCUGCCGCUCUGAGGCCCAUAGGGCUGAUGUAUCCGGAAGCGAAGGUGUUAGCGGCGCUCAUCAAGGAACGCCUUUAUGACCACAUUCGGCCCCAGUUGGAAUGGGUGCCGCAGUUCGCCUAUCAACCAGGGCGCGACCUGUACGAUGCGCUGGCACGUGUCCACGCCUGGUGCGGGCUGUGUCGGGGUAACCUUAACAAGUUCACGCCAGGCAGGUUUGCCAUGAAAGAAAGAGAGGCCACUGAGGGAUACAACGAUAUCUGCGUUGGAGGUGCGAUCCUCAGCCUGGACCUGAAGCAGGCAUUUGACAGAGUCAACAGACAAGCCUUGGACACUGCUUUGCAGCGUCUGGGGGCACCACAGGACCUGAUCGCUGCAGUGGUGGCUUUGCAUGCCACAUCGGCGUACCGCAUCCAAGACUCAUACCACGACACAGCGGUGCUCACGACUAGAGGAAUACGUCAGGGAUGUAAGCUGGCCCCUAUGCUUUGGGUGGCCAUCUCCACAGUCAUUCUCACGGCGCUGGGGGAUGCCCUUUCGGGCCCCCACAGACAAGCCACCACCUUCGCAGACGACACUCUGUGUCAAUGGCUCAUAGAAAGCCCGCAGGACCUCAAUGUGCUAUCCCUCUUUCUCAACAAACUCCUGCAGGUCAUGGAAGACCUUGGGCUGCUGGUGAAUCUGACGAAAACCUUCCUCCUGCUUAAAGUGAGAGGCCCUGGGGCGAAACGAAUCGCAUCUCCCGGUGGUCAGGCACAGGCUCACGGAGGCCAGAGCGCGAGAUGCGAAGAUACGCCGCGCCACCCGUGCACGCAGGAUGUUCAGCCUAUAGGUCACAGGCUCAAGGUGUGGCAGGCUUGCUCAGUAUCAAGUGCUACUUUUGGACUGGCACCCAUUGGCCUCAGCUUUGCCUCAGCCACGCUGCUGCGACAGUGGUACUAUCGACGUCUUAGGGCCGUCGUCAACGCGCCAGCACACCUCACCCAUGAAUCCAACACCGCCCUGAGAACGAAGUAUGGCAUCCCGGAUCCGGUUGAUGCCCUGGCAGAAAGUGUGAAGCGCAUGCUCCUGAAACUACAAAGCACUCCCCUGGACAUUACCAACACCCCACAGGCGCUUGAGUAUUGGCACCAGAUACACCAAAACAUCAUUGACUACACAACUGAGCGACUUACGUCGCAGACGCUGAUCCAGACAGGGGAGCAAGGUGAGGACACGGACCUGCCCCUGUUUCGUACUGCCGAGCUUCGCCAACAGCUGCUCCAAGUACCCAUCCCCCUCUCGCAUAUCGUGACCUCAUCACCAAAGGACACGAUUGUGAGCUGUGCGCUCAGAAAGUUCAUUCAAAAGACCGACAUCUCAGCGGAUUGCUCAGAUUUUACUCGGGAACGGGUGGAUCAGCUACUACAGGACUCCAUCUACCAGGCCGCGGCCUCGGACAAACCAUUGCUUAAGCGGCACAUGGCACAGGACCACGCACAAGCAUGGACAGAGUCCAGCAAAGGCCUCGAGGACAGUGCCUCCCACUCCUUCAGCUCUCUUUCCUUCAGCAGCAUGGAACAGGAGGAUGCCCUCGAUCAAGUGGCAAACUUCUGGAAGUUCUCCUCUCCAAUGACAUGGAAGUGGACCAAGAACGCGACCGGGAAAACGGCCCUCCAACACGACCGAGUGAUUGCCGCGGCUCAGCUGCUAACGGAGCACAUUGUGAAGGACACCACGAUCUUCAAGCUCACGCUGUCCUUGGAUUGCCCGAACAAGGAGAAGAUCCGCGAGGCACUACAUGCACUGGCGGACUCGGCCCUCAUGUGGAUUUAUGCCGCCAGGCACAGUCCAGCUGCAUCGCAGAAAGGCGUGGCUGAUAAAGACCUGCAAAAGCUGAUAGAGGAUUGGGCGUACGAGCAAGACACCGGUCACAUAUCGGGGCUUGCGGAGCCCCCCGACAUCCUUAGCAUUCAGCUCAUGCGCUUCAGUGUAGGACGAGGUGGGGAAGUUCACAAACUGGAGCAUCGCACUGAGCUGCCGGCUCGCCUGCAGGUCCCAAGUUUUGAGGAUGGCCUCAACCUUCAGCCUGUGGCCUACGAGCUCAAAUCAGCCGUGUGUCACCUUGGAAGCACCCCAAACUCAGGUCAUUACAAGACCAUGGGGGUAGCGGCCCCAAUUGGGAUGCCGACGGACGGGUACAUUGACGGCUUGCACAGAGCACUACAAGGGGAAGCCGCACAUCCG